AUGGAAAAGGAACAUGUCAUAAAUGAAGAGUACAUGACUGAUAAACUUGAUAGUGGGGCUGAUGAAGAUAGUUAUAAGGACAAACUUGUAUUGAUUAGGUUUAAUGAAGAAGAAUCAAUGAAAAAGUAUUUCACAUUCAAGGUUGAAAUGGAAUUUUCCUCUCUGAAGCAUUUCAAGAAGGCUAUACUAGAGUACAAUUUUUUGAAUGGUAAGGGGAUUUAG